GGAGUAAAUCAUUCAAGUACUCUAUUGUUCACUCUUGAUUUACAACAACAACCACAACACACCUCCAGCCAAUAUGAGCAUGGCAGAGAGUUCAGAGAUGGGCAAUGCAAGACAGACGGUAGAAGAUGCUGUUCCUGUACAGAAUGGAGUCACAAUCUUUGCUGCUCAUUUUCACGUAAGAAGGGGUAAUGAAAUCUUUUGGGCAAAAGGUCAACAUUCAACCGAAGAUUUAACAAAGAUGGGAAUCGAAUGGAAAGUCUUACCCAGUGGAUCACAUUUAUUGGAACGUGACAUUCUCUUUUUCGACGUUGUUAAUGCAGGACAAAAUAAGCAAAGAUCAAACACAGAACGUGGUCAUCUGGUAGGAGUGGCAGCAUUCAAGAAUCGAAAGAUCAAUAUUGCAGAACGUGAAAGUGCAGACGGGAACGACAAUGACGAUCAACGUGGAGCAAGGAUGAUCGCUGUUGGCAUAAUCGUUGAUUGUGGAUCGCAAAGAACGCCUUGGUCUCAAUUAGCUGCAACAUUGCCGCAUAUCUGUCAAUUAGAAAAGUUGGCCGAUGCGGUUGCAGCUGAUCCUGGCUGUCAUGGUAUAAUGGAAGAAUGGCUAGAAAUCCACAAAAGUGCAUCGACGUUCAUCACAACAUCUGCUCGCGAUCUGGUGUCUGAUGGACCAUUCUAUCCACAUGAUCCUCUAUUGCAAUUACCUGCCGUUAGCAAUGCAUUGGGUCCGCUCUUGCCGGGCAUUCUGAAAAGAUUAUUGGCAUCACCAUUUCGAUUGUUGAUUUUCACGCCCCAUGGAGGUCCCGCAUUGCAAGCUGCAAGUAUUGCAUUCAACCUGGCAGAGUUAGUACAUGCUGCUUGUCAAUCCCCGGAAAAUGGUGCAGUGUGCCCCGCCACAGGCAGAAGUUCCAAAAAGACGGAUGAGCAUGGAUUAGAUGUUAUAGGGAUCUUAGGAUUGCAUGAUAUUUCUAGACUGGAAUCGGCAAAUGCGGAAAAAGAAGGUCAUAGCUGGAUCGGAUGGACAUCAGAUCGUAUUUUGCUUGAGAAGCCCAAAUUGUUUGAUGCCGUUCUUGAUCUAAGUCCAAUGGCACCCACACAAGAUUCUGACUUUAUCGAUUCGACUUCUCUACCGCGCUUCUCCCGAAGUCGUGUCGUCACCAAUUCAGAUGGAAAGCAAACCUUUACGCUUCAAAAGCAGACGUGGACAACUCGCGAAUUCUCAAUCUACAGAGGUUUGGAUGAAAGAGCAAGUUACGAUGCCUCUUCUAUGCGACAGUCAAGACGUGCAUUGAGCAGACGCAAAAGUCAAUCAAGUAUGACAAUUUCGUCAGAUGUGCCACAGAACAACACAAAACGUCAACUGAACGUAGCUCGCUCCUCACCCUCCAGACCUUCCACUUCAACUAUGCUGGCUUUUCUCACGUAUUGGCUUUCAAGUUUGCGCAUUUUACCAUUGAGAUGGCGGCUCAACUUACGCGAGAGCUACGGAUAUGUGCCUUUGAGCAUUCGAAGUGAUGGAGGAGUUCGAGCAAGUAUAAUGCUUCUGCCCUCUGAUUCAGAAGAGGAGGAUGAAGAGGAUGAUGAAGGGGAAGCGGAUGAAAGUGGCAGUACGAGAGGCUACCGAUCAGGAUCGAAUCGAUUGAGCAUACCUUCUUCAAGUCCAAUCUUGAGACGUCGCUCUUUAGAUGGAAACCCAGAAGAGAAUGAAGAUCGAGAUGAGUACAUGGAAGAUCCCAUCUUGGCUGCAGUAGGAGUCAAUUCAGUAGCCUCUCGUAGACGUCAUUCUCGCUCUUUGGCUUCGAAACAGAGCGCAACUCAUUUGGCAAGCGAGUAUGGUGCAAGUGUCUCCCCAGAUCAAUCUGUCAAAGGAUCUAACGCUAACCUUCAUCAAUCACUUUCGGAGGAGAGGCAAUUAGCCCGUGAAGCAAGAGAAGGUGUCCGAUUGGCACUAUGCUUAUUUGUCAGCUGGUCAGACUGGAUAGAUGAAUUGGUCGUCUCUAUUCAAGAUUUAAUUCAUGAAAAGAUUAUUGAACAAGUUGGUGAAGGUCGUCUUUUGGAAAGGGAAGGGAAUGGCCAUUCAGAUGCAAAUGGCUCCCAUACCGACGACGGCGUUCAUCCCGGUCAAGCUCCAUUGAACGGAAGAAAAGAGGUAAAAGGAGGAAGCAAAAUAAUCCUUUCUGCCAAAGACUUUACACAAGUCGGCUUGAGCAGCGUGAAUCCUGCCGAUGUGGAUUUGAUUCGAUUUUUGUCAAGUAGUGUCACGGAUGUUACUGUAGACGUUCAAAAAUCAUGGUCGGUUUUCUCGUGGCUGUGUUGGUGAUGGACUAGUAGAAUUCAUAUACCACUUGUAAAUUUAUUGGGAUCAUGCAAUUUACAUUCAUCGCUCUA